GACGCAUUCGUUAAACCGUCUUCCCAAUAUUACGACCGUUCCUCGCAAUGGCAAAGUCGCAAGUUGCGCAAAAUUUCCAUAAGGAUUGCGAAAAUGCCAUCAAUAAACAAAUUCAAAUUGAACUUAAUGCCAGUUAUGUUUAUUUAUCAAUGUCGUACUACUUCGAUCGAGAUGAUGUUUCUUUACCGGGAUUGCACAAGUACUUCAAAGAUGCUUCAGAUGAAGAACGCGGCCACGCCAUGCGAUUUAUGGAGUAUCUAAAUAAACGCGGAGGACGCAUCAUUCUCAACACUAUCGAUGCGCCCGAUAAACAGGAAUGGGGUACAGCUUGCGAGGCCAUGACUUCGGCUUUAGAGUUGGAAAAAAAAGUGAACGAUAAUUUACUCACACUGCACAGUGUCGCUUCGGGUCAUAUGGAUGUGAAUCUAUGUGAUUUUCUGGAAACGCACUAUCUUCAGGAGCAAGUUGACGCAAUUAAAGAGAUCGCGGAUCAUGUCACAAGCCUGAAACGAGUCGGAGAGGGAUUGGGCACUUACAUUUUUGAUCAAAAAUUCGUGGAUAAAUAAGUCUGUACAAACUUAUUUUAGCAUUUAGUUUCUAUAAUAGGCUUGUUUAUUUUAGAGGAUGAAGUAGAGGAGGCUUGUGAACUGUGAUGUACCUAUGGGGCACUUUGUGAAAGGGAUGUGAUCAUAUUAUCACACUAUAUAUCUUGUUCUACCUGUAUCUAGCAAGUUGUCAAUUAAUUGCAUGCUUAAUAUCUUUUGCAAAUAUCCGAAACCUGUAACUAUGACAAGUAUGGAAUGUAAAUUAAAGUUGACAUGACAGUU